CUUUUAUUCCAUGAUCCAGAUGAGAUUGCUCACCAUAGACACCUCUUCCUUUGCCUUCUGCAGUCUUUAUGCAACAUCCUUCACGGUUUAAGACCCAGUCACUGCGGCACCAUGAAUUUUUCGUAGAUAAUUUCUCUGAGCUAGUUGAGGUCGUGGCCAUAAACAGAAGAACAGCCAUUUCACGUGCUUCAAACUUGCUCCUGACACGUCGCGUCAGUCCCAGCGGUGGAGAGCUUCAACAUUAAUAUCAUACUGGAACUUCGGCAAACAAGCAAUGGCGCCUCCGCUAUCCCCCAGGCCACUUCCUAGCAUCUUGCUCAUAUCCCUAAUACCAGUUGCUUCAUGGUUCGUUGUUCGUCCUCUACUAGACCCUGUUCCUCCAUUGCCAGCCCUAUGGGCAUCUGUUGGGUUCUCCAUAUUCGCAUUUGUUGCCGCACUUUACUUGGUUCCUGCACUUGGACCAACAUUCGUGAAAGCCAACUUGAAAGGGAAGGAUCUUUUGAAGGUCUACUCUGAUCCUAUACCAGAGAGUCAAGGCCUCGUCUGCGCAUCAAUAUAUAUCCUGCUAUUAAUCUUGUUUAUUCCUUUUCCAUUCUCCACUUCUAUUGCGAACCUUUCGGGCGGAGGAAGCAAGAUCGAAGGCUUGCUGGGCGCUGCGUCUCUACAUCAUGAGCUAUCCAUAUAUCUGUCAUCAUUGCUAUCGCUCUUGAUGGCAACUCUGUUGGGGUUCCUCGAUGAUGUGUUCGAUAUCCGAUGGAGGCAUAAACUGCCUAUCCCGCUUAUUGCUGCCAUACCACUCUUGAUGGUCUACUAUGCGGAAGGAGGGAAUACCCAUGUGGUAGUACCCAUUCCUCUUCGGCCAUUCCUUGGUCUUCUUGUUAACCUAGGUCCCCUGUAUUAUCUUUACAUGUCACUCCUUUCGACAUUCACCACUAACAGCAUCAAUAUUCUCGCUGGGAUCAAUGGCUCCGAAGUCAGCCAAGCCUUGAUCAUUGCAAUUUCGGUUAUUAUCAACGAUCUUUUGUACAUGCCCUGGCCAUUUGACUUCCGUAUACCUAUGCACCUUCUCGGCAACCAAAUAGAAGUCGAAGUUGGUGGCGCUUGGCAUGCUGGAAUGGCCUAUGGAAGUAGCGAACUUGUUGACAGACAUCUCUUCAGUCUGUACUUUAUGCUUCCUCUCGUGGGUGUAUGUCUUGGAUUUAUGUAUCAUAAUUGGUAUCCUGCGCGUGCGUUUCCUGGAGACACGCUCUGUUAUGUCACUGGAAUGGCAUUCUCCGUGGUCGGAAUACAGGCCCACUUCUCCAAGACCCUACUCCUCUUCUUUAUUCCUCAGAUUUUCAACUUUUUGCUCUCAUGCCCACAACUCUUUGGUAUCGUGCCCUGUCCUCGGCAUCGCGUUCCAAGAUUCGUCCCUGAUACCAAUUUACUGCAUCCCUCAAAAAUCGUCUUUGACGACAAACGGCCUCCUACGAAGCUCGCGUCUCUUACCCUUCGUAUACUUGCUACCCUCGGUCUCACAGAGCUGACCAUAAACCCAACAAACGGAGUUGUCCUUGAAGCCACCAAUUUAACUAUCCUCAAUUUCCUUCUCUUGCGUCUGGGUCCUAUGAAUGAGAAGAAGCUUGUUCAGGUACUUAUAUGUACUCAGAUUGCGGGUAGUGUUGUCGCCUUUACCAUACGCUACGGUUUAGCUGGCCUGGUCUAUGAUGGUGACAGACGGUGAUUGUGCAUAUGCUCUUUAUUGUCACGGGGCGC